CCUAGGCUUUCAAGUGGGUGGCUUCUCGGAAAGAUCCCCGACCGCCUAGUUGACAAUUCUUCGCGGGAAGGAAAAACGACUGCGUUGAUGUUGAUGAUAACAACGGCAAUGGUGCCCGUUCCACAUUCCUCGCAGUGUCGGAUCAAGAUUUUCUUUUCUACGGGUCGAUGGAAACUAAGGACAUUUUUGUGACAAACGAUUUAAUAUUUGUCACAAAUGAGAUGAUCUCUUCUUCUUCUUCCCUGUCCCUGUUCCAACAACUACCCGACCCCAAACAUUCAACUAUUCAACUACCAAGCACUGAAAUCAAUUCAAGACUUGGUGAUCAAUUCUCUUCCUCAUUAUUAUAUACAAUAUUAUUUUAUUUAAACUACAUAAAUUCUAUAAUUCUUUCUUUUUUGUUUUUGUCCUAAACCUCAUCAGUCAUCCUCUACCUCUUACAGAAACCCAUUCUUCCUCUGCAAAUCUAUUAUGCAUUUCUGGCUUUCCAAUUUUACCCUCCCCAUCCCAAUCCCAAUCCCACGCGUGAUUUCAAUCCGAUUCUAGGUGUGUUUUUUUGGAUUGUUUCCUUCUGCCCAAUUCCGAGGAUUUUGAGCGCAUGGGUCCGACUGACGAUCCGGAGGACUCGGUGCUGAGUCGCCUCGUCGAGUCCGUGGAGACGAUCUCCGAGUUUCCCGACUGCCGAAAUGUCUACAAGAAGAUGUACGGGAACCUGGUUCGGAGAGUCAAGCUCCUCAGCCCUCUCUUCGAGGAAUUGAGGGACAGCGACGAAGAGCUCGCCGAAGAUGAUCUGAAGGUCCUGGAAUCGCUGGCAGUGACUCUGGAUUCUGCUAAAGAUGUUCUCCGGUCGGUCAAUGGAGGGAGCAAACUCUAUCAGGCUCUGCAAAGGGCAAAGACUGCACAGAAGUUCCAACAGGUGACGGAACAAAUUGAAGCUGCGCUGAGUGAGAUUCAUUAUGAUAAUCUUGAUAUAUCUGAGGAGGUCCGCGAACAGAUUGAACUAGUACAUGCUCAAUUCAGAAGAGCCAAAGGAAGAUUGGACUCCUUUGAUUUUCAACUGGACCUUGAUUUAGCCAUAGCACAGAAAGAAAAGGACCCUGAGCAUGCAGUACUUAAAAGACUUUCAGAAAAGCUGCAUCUCAAGACUAUCAAUGAUGUAAAGAAAGAAUCACUCGCAUUCCAUGAAUUGGUUAUCUCGUGUAGUGGCGCUCCAGGGGACAGCUUUGAAGUAAUGUCAUCCUUGCUUAAGAAGAUUAAAGACUGGGUACUGAUGGCAAAUCCACAAUUUGACACCUCCGAGGGCGAAAGAGGCUUGAUUAAGCACAGAUCUCCAGUUAUCCCAGAUGAUUUCAGAUGUCCAAUAUCUCUUGAAUUGAUGAGAGAUCCUGUGAUUGUCUCUACUGGACAGACAUAUGAAAGGUCCUGCAUUCAAAAAUGGCUUGAUGCAGGACAUAAAACCUGUCCCAAGACACAGCAGACACUGUUGCACGCGGCCCUAACACCGAACUAUGUUUUGAAGAGUCUGAUUGCUUUAUGGUGUGAGAACAAUGGUGUUGAGCUGCCAAAAAAGCAAGCAAAUUGCACGAGCAAGAAAUCAGGAUGCAAAGUUUCGGACUGUGAUCGUGCUGCUGUUGAUGCCUUAUUGGAAAAAUUAGCAAGUGGGAUUCCGGAACAGCAAAGAGCAGCUGCUGGUGAGCUAAGGUUGCUUGCAAAGAGGAAUGCAGAUAAUAGAGUAUGUAUUGCUGAAGCAGGAGCCAUACCACUUCUUGCAGAACUAUUAUCCUCUCCAGAUCCCCGAACACAGGAGCACGCUGUUACAGCACUUCUCAACCUUUCCAUCAAUGAGAGUAACAAGGGAACUAUUGUAAAUGCGGGCGCCAUUCCUGAUAUAGUAGAUGUGUUGAAAAAUGGCAGCAUGGAAGCAAGAGAAAAUGCAGCUGCAACUCUUUUCAGUUUGUCUGUAAUAGAUGAAUAUAAGAUGAAAAUAGGAGCAGCAGGAGCUAUCCCAGCUCUUAUAACGUUGCUUUGUGAUGGGACUCCAAGAGGGAAGAAGGAUGCUGCCACCGCUAUUUUCAAUCUUUCAAUCUAUCAGGGUAACAAGGCAAGGGCUGUGAAGGCUGGUAUCGUGGGCCCACUGAUGAGAUUGCUGAAGGAUGCUGGAAGUGGGAUGGUGGAUGAAGCACUAGCAAUUCUAGCAAUUCUCGCAAGCCAUCUUGAAGGGAAGGCAGCAAUUGGUCAAGUUGAGCCAAUUCCUGUUUUGGUGGAGAUCAUAAGAACUGGUUCCCCACGCAAUCGGGAGAAUGCCGCUGCAGUAUUGUGGUCUCUAUGCACAGGUGGUUUGGAGCAGUUGAAAUUAGCGAGAGAGCUUGGUACAGAAGAGGCAUUGAAAGAACUGUCUGAGAAUGGCACCGACAGGGCCAAGAGAAAAGCUGGAAAUAUUUUAGAGCUCCUUCAACGAAUUGAAGUGGAUGCUGAAACGUAAAAUUCCAACCGUGUUUUAGUAGUCUUUUGGUGCCAUUGUUGACCUGAAGAGAGUAUAGUUGCUACAUAUCUUUCAGAAGAUUGUGAAGGAUAAGAUGGGUUGAAGUUUAUCAGACAGCUCUCACCCGUGCAAAGGUAGAAACCUUAUCAACUGUUCCACUUUUAAUCAGACCAGUAUUUUCAGCCAUAACACGGGGUAGCAUGCAUCAACAUUUGGAAAGAUUUUCAUACCUUUCUCGGAUUUUGCAAGAGAAGCAAGAAACUGAAGAAUAGGGUACAUCGCUAACUCUAUCUUUCUUGCUUCAUCCAUUUUACGAGUUAUUUGUAUAUGAUAAAGCAAGAAAGUAUUUUCACUUUCAUGUGUAUAUUUGAACUAUAGUAAAUGUUACAGGCUGUGUAUAAUGCUUGUUACAGUGGUAAAAUCUAUAAAGGUGAAUGUUUUUGCAA